CAGUGGCACGCAUUGGACAAGUCUGAACAGCAGAAAUAUUACGAUAUGGCGAAGCGCGAAAAAGAACUUCAUCUGCAGAUGUAUCCGGGCUGGUCGGCCAGAGAUAACUACGCCACGCACACCAAGAAGAAAAAACGAAAAAAAGAAGCGGGAGUUAACAAUUCAUGUCCUCACAAUCUUAACUGCAAAUCACAUUUUGGCCUGGAUCAACACCACAAUUGGUGCAGUGAUUGUAGGUUAGUAAUGUGUUGUAGUCAUACGUUCAAUAUUUAA